CUGAUACGACGCACCCAGGUGCUUCGUGACUAACUAUUUAAAACUGCGGGCGGACACGAUUUUAAGAAGAGGAAUCACCAGGACAAAGCAUUCGACGAGGGUCAUGAUGUUAAAGAACCUAUUGUUUUGCGUCUUUGCGGCUCUUUCCGCAGCUGCGGGGUCGUCGCUGAACGAGUCCGUCUUCUCGCUGCCCCACGACGCGCUGAUGUACGUCCCCGACGGCGAAGGACGCCCGCACCUGGUGGACCUGAGCCAGCAGGGCCCGGACAUCUUCGUGAACGGCGAGCGCGACGUCAGCUUUCAUCUUUACACCAGCAUCAACCCUACAAACCCAGUGAAUAUUCUCAUCGGAAAUCGCACGGCGCUCAGUAAUAUGGACCUGAAGCAGGAGACGAAAUUGCUGAUCCAUGGAUGGAAUUCGAAAGGACAGUCCAUGCGACACGUCAAGCGAGCGUACGUGGAGCUGGGCGAGGAGAACGUGGUCGUGGUGGACUGGUCGCGCCCCGCCUCGGGCUUGUACUCGUCCUCGCGCCGCGCCACCCGCCAGGUGGGCGCCUACGUCGCGCGCUUCCUCGACUUCCUGUCGCGGUCCGGGGUGGACCUGGCCAAGGUGCACCUGGUGGGGCACAGCCUGGGCGCGCACGUGGCGGGCAUCGCCGGCCACAGGGUCUCCGCGGGCCGCGUCGCCAGGAUCACGGGUCUGGACCCGGCGGCGCCCGGGUACGGAGGAGAAGCCCUGGAGAACCGACUGGAUGCCUCCGAUGCCGACCAAGUGCAGGUGCUUCACACCAAUGCCGGUCUUCUUGGCUGGUCCUCGCCGCUGGGACACUUGGACUUCUACCCGAAUGGUGGCAAGAAGCAGCCCGGCUGUGGCAUGGACAUCGUCGGCACGUGCAGUCACUCCCGCGCGCACUGGUUCUUCGCCGAGUCGGUGAACUCGCCAGUCGGCUUCUGGGGCGUCAGGUGCGCCAGCUGGGAUGACUACCGACGCGGCCGCUGCCACGACAACGAGAGGGCCCUUAUGGGCUCGCGGCCUGACCACAGGUCACAAGGUUCCUUCUACCUAACUACAGGAGCAUCAGAACCGUUUGCAAGAGGCUACUACUGAAAGUCAUUUAUAUUUUCUAAUUUUGUAUUCAUAUUUACAUUAUUAUUCGAUUGUUAUAGUAAUGAUAUGACAACAUUAAGAGUAUUUUUUGAUUAUAAGUAAAUGAACAUUUUUUAAAAAUAAAAUGUGGUAAAUAAUAAAAGAAAAAAA